AUGACUCAUCUUCAAUAUUUCUGCUACAAAGGUGUUGGUGAAGAAAAGAAGAAAUUAUUUAAAUAUUCUCAAGCAGUUCGUAUUGGUGACAGAAUAGAAUGUGCUGGACAAGGAGGUUGGGAUCCAGAAACAGGUGAAUUUGAUAAAGAUUUUAGUAAACAAAUUGAUCAAGCUUUUAAAAAUGUUCAACUUAAUUUGACCGAUGCAGGAGGGAAAGGAUGGGAACAGGUUUAUCGAAUUGUUUCUUAUCAUAUCCCAUUAGAUGAUGAAGCUCUUAAUGCAAUGGUUCGCAAUCUCAAACAAUGGUGUCCAAAUCAUGAACCAAUCUGGACUGUUUUAGGUGUUUCAAAACUCGGAGACGAGCGAAUGAAGGUCGAAAUUGAUGCAUUUGCACAUAUUCCUAACUAA